AUGGGUCACCACGAUGAACAUCUCUCUGCUCACGUUGAAAAAAUUCAACCACCAACUGAAUUUUUCAAAAAUCGUCCAGAAGGUGUAGAACCAUACAUUACUUCUUUUGAACAGUACCAGGAAAUGUACACUGAAUCUAUUGAACAACCAAAUAAAUUUUACUCAAAAUUAGCAAGAGAAAAUUUACACUGGCACAGAGAUUUUGAAAUUGCCAAAUUUCCUGAACAUGGCUUUUAUAACUCUUGGUUUGUUGGUGGUCAAUUAAACGCCUCUUACAACUGUGUUGACCGUCAUGCUUUCAAAAACCCUGACAAACCAGCUAUCAUUUAUGAAGGUGAUGAACCAAAUUCUGGUUACAAAGUCACCUAUGGUGAAUUAUUAGCCCAAGUCUCUCAAUUAGCUCAAGUUUUGCUUGAAUUAGGUGUUAAAAAGGGUGACACCGUUGCUGUUUACUUGCCAAUGAUCCCAGAAGCCAUUAUUACCAUCAUGGCUAUUAACCGUAUUGGUGCCAUUCACUCUGUUGUCUUUGCAGGUUUCUCUGCUACUGCUUUAAGAGACCGUAUUAACGAUGCUUACUCACAAGUUGUCAUUACUUCUGAUCAAUCUAAAAGAGGUGGCAGAACCAUUGAAACCAAGAGAAUUGUUGACCAAUCCAUUAAAGAAUGUCCCCAAGUUAAAAAUGUCAUUGUCUUUAAAAGAACUGGUGAUGAAUCUGUCCCAUUCAACUCAAAAGUUGACUUGUGGUGGCACGAAAAUUUACCAAAAUACAGAAACUAUGUUCCUCCUGUUCCUGUUAAUUCUGAAGAUCCCUUAUACUUGUUAUACACUUCUGGUUCAACCGGUAAACCAAAGGGUUUAGUCCACUCAACUGCUGGUUACUUAUUAAACGCCAUUGUUACCGCUAAAUAUGUUUUUGACUUACAUCCAGAAGAUACCAUUUUCACUGCUGCUGAUAUUGGUUGGGUUUUAGGUCACACCUAUGUUUGUUAUGCUCCAUUAGCAAUUGGUGCAACCACCGUCUUGUAUGAAGGUACUCCAGUUUACCCAACUCCAACCAGAUUUUGGGAUAUCAUUGAUGAUUACAAAUGUACCCAAUUCUAUGUUGCUCCAACCGCUUUGCGUUUACUAAAGAGAGCUGGCGACCACUUGAUUAAACCAUACGAUUUAUCAACUUUACGUGCUUUAGGUACCGUCGGUGAACCAAUUGCUCCUGAUGUAUGGGAAUGGUAUUACGAAACCAUCGCCAGAAAGAGAGCCUCUAUUUUAGAUACCUUCUGGCAAACUGAAACAUCUGCUCCAGUUCUUUGUCCAAUUGCUGGUGUUACUCCAUUGAAACCUGGUUCAUGUUCAUUACCAUUCUUUGGUGUUAAAUGUGCCAUCUUGGAUCCUCAAACUGGUGAAGAAUUGAAAGAAAAUGAUGUUGAAGGUGUUCUUGCUUUCGCUUCCGCAUGGCCAUCAUUAACUAGAACUGUCUGGAAAGACUAUAAGAGAUACUUGGAAACCUACUUCCAUCCAUUCCCAGGUUACUUCUUCACUGGUGAUGGUGCUGCAAGAGAUAAAGAUGGUUUCUUCUGGAUUCUUGGUAGAGUUGAUGAUGUUGUUAACGUUUCAGGUCACCGUCUUUCUACUGCUGAAAUUGAAGCUGCCAUCUUGGAAAAUCCAAACGUUUCUGAAAACGCUGCCGUUGGAUUCCCUAACGAAUUAACCGGUCAAGCUGUUGCUACAUUCGUUGCCUUGAAAGCUGGUAUAAGUGGUGCUGAAGCUGAAAAGAUCAAAAAGGAUAUCAUCUUAACUGUUAGAAAAGAAAUUGGUCCAUUUGCUGCUCCAAAGGAAAUCUUUAUUGUUGAUGACUUACCAAAAACAAGAUCUGGUAAGAUUAUGAGAAGAAUCUUAAGGAAGAUUUUGGUUCACGAAGAAGACCAAUUAGGUGAUGUCAGUACAUUAUCUAAUCCAAAUUCAGUUGGUGACAUUGUUAACAUUGUUAAAGCCCACAGAAAAUAA